AUGUCACUCUAUCAUCGGCCAGAACAUUUUUUACAUCCCUGGACAUUCAUUCGUGGGUACAUUCGACGGUCAACGGAAGCUGUCAGAUCAAGCGCAAGUGCUAGAGCACUAUUAGAGGCUUCCAAUAUUUCUGAACAGAAAUUGGACUCAGCCACAAGGAGAAUAAUUGCCUUUCGAAGGCGACAGGACUUAUUUCAACAACGUUUCGGUCAUCUGGGAUCGACUCAAACACGAGAUAACACGUGGCAACCUCAUCUUUCCCUCCAUCGCCCCCAACCCCCUGGACAUCUUUCCCUCUCAGCGCUCGUAGCAGCAGGUGCACAUCUAGGCCACACUCGUUCCCUCACAAGUCCCUCCUUCCUCCCCUACUCCUACGGCUAUCGCUCAGGGAUCACCAUUAUAAAUCUUGACCAUACAUUGCCCCUCUUACGACGUGCUACUAAUGUCGUUCGAGCUGUUGCCGAAGCAGAUGGGAUGGUCCUAUUCGUAGGAACAUCCGACACACUUCGUCCAGUCGUCGAAAAAGCCGCUUCAAGAAUGGGUCGAAAUGGGUUCUUCCUUCAUACACGGUGGCUGCCUGGUUUACUUACGAACCCAUUUGAAGUCUUUGGUGAAGAAACGGCACGAACGACCCAAAUUAAACCUGACUUGGUCAUUUUUCUAAACCCGUUACAAAAUACCAAGGCUAUCCGCGAAUGUGCUAUUGCGCGGAUACCUACCAUUGCAAUUAUUGAUUCGAAUGCGGAUCCUAGAUUAGUGCUCUAUCCUAUACCGGCAAACGACGAGAGUGUUCGGACGGCGGAAUUGAUUGCUGGUACUUUGAGUCUUGCUGGGAGGGAUGGCGUGCAGGCAAGGUUAAGAAGACAAAAGGAAGAGGUCGAAGAACAAGCAGAAAGAGCAGAGGCCACGAAAGCGAUCGCAAGCUGA